AUGUCAACUCUCUUCAAAUCUCAGAAUUUAUGGAGUAUUAUUGAAGAAGACAUUCCUAAAGAAGCUAUAGAUGUUGAGAAGAUGGAGAAGAAGGAGAAGGAUGCCAAAGCUUUGUAUUUGAUUCAACAAGCUGUGGAUGAAUCUAUCUUUGUCAGGAUUGCUAGAUUCACUACUGCUAAAGAAGCUUGGGAGCACAUUAAACAAGAAUUUAUGGGUUCUAUAAGGAUGGUUUUAGUUAGAAGGCAGACAUUUAGACAGAAGUUUGAGGUGCUACUGAUGAAAGAAGAAGAAACUAUGCAGCAGUAUAUUACACGAGUUGUGGCUAUUGUAAAUCAAAUCAAAGGUCUUGGUUUUGAGCUCACUGAUGAAGAGGUUGUAUCUAAAGUUAUGAGAAGCAUGACAGAAAAAUUUAAUCAUGUAAUUACUUCCAUUGAAGAGGCCAGGGAUGUGUCGAAAUUAUCUUUGAAUGAAUUAAGUGGGAGUCUACUAGCUCAUGAAGCUAGACUUAACAGAUUCAAUGACAAAUCUGAAGAUAAGGCUUUUUAUAUGAAGGGAGAUUCUUCUAGUUGCAAUAGUUCAAAUUAUGCUGGUGAAGCUGGAUUUAGAGGAAGGAGUGGCUUCAGAGGUAGAGGAAGAAAUUUCAGAGGAAAAGGCAUAAGUUAUGGAGUGACCAAGGGUAAUUUUUCUAAAGCUCAACAGCAAUUUAGUUCAAGACAACAACAAUUUGGAAGAGUUCAAAGGCUGUUUAUGAGACCACCUUAUGAUCGAAGAUCUGGUAGAGGAAAUUUUCAGAACAAUUAG